AUGUUCGACAUCCAGCGGGGGUCUCGACCAAGCGUGUAUAUCCCCGAGGCGGCCACAACGGCGCGCGGGAGGAUAGAGAAGUGGAGUGCAGCGUUGCAAUCGCUCCGCGAGGCAUCCCGACAAUCUGCGAACAUCAGCCCAGGCAAGUACAUUUCGACUGCCACAGCGUGUGUCAAAGGCCAGCAAUGGCAAUGGGCGCUGUCGCUGCUCAGUGAGCUGGUUGUUGCUAAUGUGGAGCCCACUGUCAUCAGCUAUAGCACAGGGAUAAGCGCUUGCGUCAAGGGCGACCAGUGGCAGCGGGCUUUGGAGCUGCUCAGCGAGAUGCGGAGUGCAAAGCUAGAGCCCGACGUCCUCAUAUACAACGCUGGGUUCAGUGCCUGCAAGAAGGGGCAGUGGUGGCAGCGGGCUUUGGCGCUGCUCAGCGAGAUGCGGGAGGCGAAGCUGGAGCCUGACGUCAUCUCCCUCCCGAAGCACGUGCCAGAAGGGCGCGGACCCCAAAUCAACUACAUGGCAGGGAUGAGCGCGUGCGAAAAGUGCGAGCAGUGGCAGCGAGCUUUGGCGCUGUUCUGCGAGGUGCGGGAGGCGAAAUUAGAGCCCGACGUCAUCAUCUACAAUGCUGGGGUUAGUGUUUGCCGAAAGAGCGAGCAAUGGCAGCGGGCUUUGGCGCUGCUCAGCGAGAUGCGGGAGGUCAAGCUGGUGCCCGACAUAAUCACCUAUGGCGCUGUGAUCAGCGCGUGCGAGAAGGGCGAGCAGUGGCAGCGGGCUUUGGCGCUGCUCAGCGAGAUUCGGGAUGUCAAGCUGGUGCCCGACGUCAUCACCUAUGGCACUGUGAUCAGCGCGUGCGAGAAGGGCGAGCAGUGGCAGCGGGCUUUGGCGCUGCUCAGCGAGAUGCAGAAGGCGAAGCUGAUGCCUGAGCUCUUUCUCACCUACGCCGUUGAGAUGAGCGCUUGCGGGAAGGGUGAGCAGUGGCAGCGGGCUUUGGCGUUGCUCAGCGAGGUGUGGGAAACGAAGCUGGAGCCCGACGUCAGCAGCUACAACGCAGGGAUGAGCGCUUGCGAGAAGGGCGAGCAGUGGCAGCGGGCUUUGGCGCUGCUCAGCGAGAUGCGAGAGGUGACGCUGGAGCCCAGCGUCAUCAGCUACAAUGUUGGGGUCAGCGCUUGCGCGAAUUGCGAGCAGUGGCGGCGGGCUUUGGCGCUGCUCUGCGAGAUGCGGGAGGUGACGUUGGAGCCCGACGUCACUUAUACCUACAACGCGGGGGUGAGCGCCUGCGAGAAGGGCGAGGAGUGGCAGCGGGCUUUGGCGCUGCUCAGCGAGAUGCGGGAGGUGAAGCUGGAGGCCCAAGUCAUCUCUGUUACAAUGCAGGGGCUGGUGCCCCUAGUCAGCUACAAUGCUGGGGUUAGCGCGUGCGAGAAGGGCAAGCAGUGGCAGCGGGCUUUGGCGCUGCUCAGCGAGAUGCGGGAGGUGAAGCUGGAACCCUGCAUCAUCAGCUAUAGCGCAGGGAUGAGCGCGUGCGAGAAGGGCGAGCAGUGGCAGCGGGCUUUGGCGCUGCUCAGCGAGAUGGGGGAGGCGAAGCUGGAACCCGACGCCAUUCAGCUACAGCGCAGGGAUGAGCGCGUGCGAGAAGGGCCAGCAGUGGCAGCGGGCGUUGGCGCUGCUCCGCGGGAUGCGGGAGGCGAAGCUGGAGCCCCACGUCAUUAUCUGCUACAAUGCUGGGAUCAGCGCGUGCGAGAAAGGCAGACGCUGGCAUCAUGCACUGACUCUGUUGCGUGA